UGAGCACACAUUCCAAGUACAUUACACUUGCUAAAAGACUAAAAGCGACAAUAACAACCAUUCAUCGUUUUAAACACAUAGUAAUAAAUACACGUUUUAUUAUUGAGUGGAUAAAGAAUGAUGAUCCCGUAGAUUAUCAUUAAUAUAUUCUUGGAAUUUAUUUUUGGCUUUUAAAACUGGUUAGAGUUUUAUUUAAACAAAUGUUUAUUAACUUGGACUUUACUUAUUUUCAUCUUGGAUGUUUCUGCUUUAUAAGUGAAAUGAUGAAAUAAAAACUUACAUGUAGUUUCCUGCCAUGGGGAGGUUAUCGAAUUGGAGCGCAAUGGAAAACGGCCAUCCUCUUUAUUUUGUCUUAUUUCUCGUCGUAAUGCAAGACAACAUUUAUAGCAUGUCCAAUCAGCAUUGGAAUUGGUUUGAGGCACAACAACACUGUAUUAACGACAACAGCACUCUUAAAAUUAAUCCAGUGAUGACCGCAGAGAACGAGUACAGACGAUAUUCAUCAAUAAUGAAAAUUUUAGGGUGUUACAGUGUAGAAGAUCUCACUCAAACAAUGAACCUGACAUUUAUUAUGAAGUAUGCUUCAGCAGGCUUUUGCCAAGAAAUAUGUUGAUCCAAAAGUCUUCCAAACUUUGGAAUCAAGGCAAUGGAAUGUGUAUGCUUUAAAAGACCACUAAAGCCGAGGACUAUAUCCAGUACUCAGUGCGAUAAAACCUGCCCAAACUACACAGACGAAUUCUCCUUUGCCCAGUGCGGUGGAAGAAAUGCAUAUACAAUAUACAAUUCAGGAGGUGGGGCGGAACAAAAUCCAGUUUGUUAUGCUAUUGAGUGCGGCACAAGAGUUGAGUUUUCCAUUUCUCAAGACUGCUCCGAAUUAAAGUUUGGAGUAUGCAUGGAGAGAGAUACACAGACGAGACAGGGUUGGAUAGAGUCAAUGAACCUUUGUAAAUCCUUAUUACCUCCGUCGUACCUUGUUGGAAACCUAAAAAUACAUGACGCAAAAGCUGCUUGCGAACAGUUAAAUAGAACACAUAAUGGCUCAUCGUGGAUUGGUGUGGCAAAUGAAGUGUAUGUUGGAUAUGAUCGAGAUCCACCCCUUACGGUUAUUCUAUUAUCAGUGUUAGUCCUCAUCAUACUUGGAUGUUUGGUUCUUGCGACUACUUGUUGGAAAAUAAAGACGAAAGAGAGGAAAAAUGCCAAUAAAAGAAAAAUUGACAGUCCACAGGAAGAGCGAUAUCAAGAUAUAGAUGAUGAGAAACUUGUAAACGCAACUAAUAAUAUAAAUAAGACAGAAAAUUAUGAAGGAACCUACACAGAAACCAUAAAUGGAACAUACGAUCACCUCAGGAGUAAAGAUGCACGAAAAAAGGAAAGUGAAAACGAUUACGAUCAUGUCGAAUCUUCAAAAGAGGAGCAAUACGAGGGAUGUUCAAUAAAAGGAAAUAAUCAACUUACAGAAGCUGACUAUGACCAUGCUUGCUUGUCAUCUGAUUAUGGAAAGUGUGUCAUAACUGCAGAUCUAAUGGAUGAUGAAUAUACAGAAGCUCUGUUCCCUGUCGGAGGCCUAUCAUAAAAAAUAGAAAUGCAAAUUCCUUACAAGAAUGAAAACAAAAGAAAUAAAAUUUAUUUUUUACAAAAAGUUGUUUAUUUAUGCAUAUAUUCAAGGGCUUUCAAAGUAACUCUUUUCAAAAUGUUAGCUAAUCGGCACAUCAUUUCAACAUUAAAUGGCAGAAAGUUAUUAAAAACUGGUUAUACACUUCAGGUGUGUGAAUCGUUCACUACCCUCUUGAUCAGUAGGACGACGACGGACUUUUCCGUUAUUUCCUGAUUGACAAGGAGCACACGGCGGGUGUGACCGGUCGGCAGGGGAUGCUCUCUUCUCCAUGGCACCUGAUCCCACCUCUGAUGUUUCGGGGGUCCGUGUUUGCUCUGCUUUUAUUUUGUAUUGUUUAAUGGACUUUGAGAUUGAAUACUAUUUGUUAUCUCCAUAUCCUUCUUACCUGAAACCUAUCACAGGUUGAUUGUAUUUUGAUUGUAUAUUGUUUAAGGUCCCGCUCGAGAAAUUUCACUUAUAUGGAG